AAACUUGCAACCGAGCAAUUCAGGGAAAAGCUCGGCGAGGGAGGAUUUGGGUCUGUUUUUGAAGGACAGCUUGGUGAUGAAAGAAUUGCAGUAAAACGUUUGGAUCAUGCUGGUCAUGGAGAAAAGGAAUUUUUGGCAGAGGUUCAUACAAUUGGCAGCAUCCAUCAUAUAAAUUUGGUGAGAUUGGUUGGUUUCUGUGCCGAGAAGUCAAGGAGGCUCUUGGUUUAUGAGUAUAUGGCCAAAGGAUCCUUGGACAGGUGGAUCUAUUGUCGGCAUGACAGCAAUGCUCCUCCUCUGGAUUGGAGGACGCGUUGUAAGAUUAUUGCUAACGUCGCUAAAGGCCUGUCUUAUCUUCACGAGGAGUGCACCAAAAGAAUUGUUCAUUUGGAUAUCAAACCGCAGAAUAUCCUCUUGGAUGAAAACUUCAAUGCCAAAAUUUCUGAUUUUGGACUAUGCAAGCUCAUUGACAGGGAUACGAGUGAAGUGGUUACUAGAAUGAGAGGCACACCUGGCUAUUUGGCUCCUGAAUGGUUGACAUCGCAGAUCACGGAAAAGGCCGAUGUCUACAGCUUUGGCGUUGUGGUCAUGGAAAUAAUCAGUGGAAGAAAGAACCUCGACACCUCUCAGCCUGAAGAGAGCAUCCAUCUUAUCACCCUAUUGGAAGAAAAGGUGAAGAGUGAUCAGUUAGCAGAUCUAGUCGACAAGCAGAGUGACGACAUGGAAGUGAACAAGCAAGAGGUGAUUCGGAUGAUGAGGAUGGCAAUGUGGUGUUUGCAGAUUGAUUGCAAAAAGAGGCCGAAAAUGUCAGAGGUUGUCAAAGUCUUGGAAGGCACCAUAAACACAGAAAGCAACAUAGAUUAUAAGUUUGUUGCAACGACUCCAGUGAACUUUGGCGUGGCAGGAGAUGCAUGCUCGUCAGCUCCACCUCUGGCUUCAGAUGUAUCAGGCCCCAGAUGAAACGAGACUGUCCUGAGAAGAUAGGCAACCAGAUUAUGUAUAGGAGAUAUGUGCGUCCACACAAACAAAAACAUGGUUUGUUGUAUUUUAUCAAAUUACAGCAAUCCAAAGCCCCUUAAUAUAGUUAUUUUCAUUCUUGUUAUCCAUCUGCGACUCCUCCGCAGUAA